GCUGACAUGUUUUUUUUUUUUGGCUUAUGCAGAACACAGAGAAGUGCUUUUAGUUUUGGGGAUGAACUUGUAGUACCUGAUCAACUCUGAAUCUAGAAUUGCUACAUAGUAAGGAUGACUUAUCGCAAGAGGGUUAGAGUCAAAAUUGAAACAGAUGCUACUGGAUCAGCAUCAAAUUCGCUACCAUCAUGUACCUCAUCUUUGAGUGAAGAUGCAUCACAGCCAACCAAAAAGCAUGCUACUCAAUCACAACCAUCUGAGGUUCCUAAGUCUGUUAGAUUUGGACCAUUCUCUCCACCAGGUACCACUGCAUUGAUGGUUGCACCUCCAUGUCCGAGUACUGCUAAAAGUGCACAACAAGCUAUAUGGAAAACACCACCUACUGGAUCAACAUCAAAUUCACUCGAGGCAUCAACUGAAAAUAAAAUUCCACCUAAGAUUACUUCCAAGAUUUCAAUUCAACCUAGUAUCCCUCCUUCAAAACCAAUGAAAUACCCUUCUCCUUCCUCCGGUCAGAACACACCUAAUAUUCAAUCUAGUAUCCCACCUUCAAAACCACCGAAAUACCCUUCUCCUUCCUCCAGUCAGAACACACCUAAUAUUCAACCUAGUAUCCCACCUUCAAAACCACCGAAAUACCCUGCAGAAGGUGUUCAAGAACCAAAAGGGAACUCAAAAAAAUCGAAGUCCUUACGGCAAUAUCCAGAAUGGCGUGAUAAUGUAGAUUUUGAUGACAAGGAAGAGGUUAUGACCAUCGAUGCUAAGGGUAAUUAUGGAGUGGCCAGUGGUCCUAUUCAGACAAUCGAUGUCUGGAGUAACAAUGGCAUCAAGUACUUUGUUGAAUUCAAUGACUUGUGUCAACCGCUUAGGAAAGGUGGACAGAUCUUGGUCAGAUUCAUUGGGAGCCUUGCAAAGAUGGAGGCUUACUGUCCAGUUGGAUACAAGAACUGGAAAAAGGUCGAUGCGGCUCUAAAAUCUAAAUUGUUACCAGAGAUAGAUGAUCGCUUUGUUAUUCCUGAUGGUCCAGUAUACGUCACACAAAUUCUCAAGUGUGCCAAUAAAAGCUGGAAGCAGUAUAAAUACUCUCUCAAGAAAGAUUACUACAAACCAGAGGAGAAAACAGAAACACAGAUGACCACAGAAGCAGUUCCGCAACAUGGAAUUAGCAGUAAGGAGUGGAUAAAGUUGGUUAGAUUUUGGUAUUCAGAUGAAGGGCAAAAAUUGUCAGACUGUGGAAAAGAAGCACGAGCCUCCCAAACUCAAUUUCAUAGAUCUGGUUCUAAUAGCUAUGCGAACCAACAAGCUGAUUAUGAAGACGAGCAUGGAGUAAAAAUGAGCUUAUUAGCCCUUUGGAUAAAGACUCAUACGGGCAAGGACGGGACCUUUCUUCCAAACACACUCACUGAAGAUUUUGUUGAUGAUGCAAAGGCCAUGGUUGAAUCGAUGAAGAAUGUAGACCCUUCUAAGUCUCAACAAGAACUCGAGAAUAUUGCCUUUGAGGACACUAUGCAUGGUGGAAAGGUACCAGAACGUCAUGUUGGUUACGGACUUGGAGUUCGAACGAGCGACGUUUAUGGAGUGCAGGGUGUGCUAAGGAGGAAUGGGUAUGGAAAAGUUCGACAUAGGACCGUGGUGAUGGAAAAUGUAAAAGAAGAAGUGUCAUCUAUCAACAAGAAAAACGAAACACUUGAGAAGGAAAAUGGAAAGCUGCAAGAGCAAGUGAAAGAGAAUAAUUGGCUGCUUAAAACUCUUAUUGGACAAUUUGCUCAACUAGUAGGUCAAGUUCGUACAGGAACUGCUUCAACAAAAGCUCUUGAUUGUGCACAAGAAGUCUUGGGAAUGGCACACAAAAGGGUCGUCCAACGUGAUAAUGUGCAAAAGCAAAAUGAAGGCCAAGACACUUGAGCUUCAUAUGAGCUACUACCAUCGAUCAUCCACAUAUAGUAUAUAUAUGUACGUAGUACAUCUUAGCUAGUUAGUUUUUCUAAGUUUUAGUUUUUCUUGGCCUGGUUUGAUUUAUGAUGUUGUUUUGGACUAUUUGGUUAGGAUUUCGAUUAGUGAUAUAUAUGCGUGUAUGUUUGGAUUCUGGUUAGUAACAUACGUGUAUGUACUAUGAAUUAUAAGUUAAUUUUAUUGUUAA